CAGUGUUGAUUGGCGCUAAAAAGUUUGUCGUUUAUCAACACCAAACACCUGGGCCGAAAUUGUUUUUGGAUAGAUUUUCGAUUUUCGCUUUAAAACAUGACUGCCGUGUUUCGUGUUGGCCUGACGCGGCUUGUAUGCCGCAGUGCCACUGCACCUGCCACUGCCACACUGUUGCAGGCACAGACAAAUGCGCUGUCCGCCGCCUUCAUGCAGAAGUGCAACAUUUCCGGCAAAACGAUGCGAGGUGGACCCCGUGUGCCCAAGGUGGCGCCCUAUCCAUACAAGACGAAGAAGUACAGCGUGGUCAAUUCAUUCUUCGACAAGACCUCCAAGCGCUUCGAUGAGAACUCCAAAGUCAUCUGCGUUGAGGGUCCAAUUGCUGCGGGCAAGACGAAAUUCGCCCAGGAGCUGGCUGCGGAGCUGGACAUGCUUUACUAUCCGGCCGUCGAUCUAGAUAUGAUCUAUAUCAAUCCAUAUGGCUAUGAUAUGCGUAAAUUGGAUCCCGAAUUGCCGCCCAGCUGUCGCAGCUACGAUAUUAAAGAUUUCUGCAAGAAUCCCAAGCAUGAUCAGGCUGCAUUGUUCCAGAUUCGCAUGUAUAUGCUGCGCUACUCGCAGUAUAUUGAUGCACUGCAGCACAUCCUGUCCACGGGCCAGGGCGUCGUCCUGGAGCGUAGUCCCUACUCCGAUUUUGUCUUCAUGGAGGCCAUGUACCGUCAGGGCUACGUGUCACGCGGUGCACGUUCCGUUUAUAAUGAAAUUCGCCAGAAUACCAUCGGAGAGCUGCUAAAGCCGCAUUUGGUCAUCUAUCUGGAUCUGCCCGUGAAUGCAGUGCAGCAGCAAAUCAAGGCACGCAACUUGGAGCAUGAGGUGAAAUCGAAAGCUUUCACUGAGGAGUAUUUGCGCGAUGUGGACACUCUGUACAAGCAGCAGUAUCUCAAGGAUAUCUCUGGCCAUGCCGAGCUCCUCAUCUACGACUGGUCGUCCGGUGGCGAGGCUGAGGUUGUUGUCGAAGAUAUCGAACGCCUGGACUUCGCUCAGCAUGAAGAGGAUCACCAUAACAAGAAAAUGCUCGACUGGCGUUUCCAUCUCGAGAACGACUGGUGCGAGGCACGCAUCAAAUUCUGCCACGACAAGCCCGAUCUGAUGAGCUACUUCAAUGUGCCCCGUUUCGACGUGCCCGAGCUGCUGCGCAGUGCCGACGACAGCAAGGUCUGGCGCGAUGUCUGGUUCAAUGCGCCCGGCAUGAAAUAUCGCCCUGGUUACAAUUCGGAUGUUGGUGACAGCGGUCUCUUGACCAAAAACAAGAUUGGCAUUAACGAAGCUGCCUAGUCAGCUAUUUGUUUGCCUGUAAUUCAUCUGGCGAAAUGUGUUAAUUAUGUAAUAAACAAUCUAGUAAAAUAAUGGUAAUCUUUUCGCUUA